AUGCCUCUCACAAGAACUCACCGCCAUACUACCCCUCGCCGCUCCAUCUUUAGCACCCGCCGUCGUGCUCCGGCUCGCUCCCACCACACUGUCACAACCACUACAACCGCCACCAGAAAGCCUCGUCGCGGCUUCUUGGGCGGCGGACGCCGUACCCAUGCUGCUCCCGUUCAUCAUCAGCAGCGCAGGCCUUCCAUGAAGGACAAGGUCAGCGGAGCCCUUCUUAAGCUCAAGGGUAGCCUUACUCGUCGACCUGGUGUCAAGGCUGCUGGAACUCGGCGCAUGCAUGGCACCGAUGGCCGCGGCUCUCAUCGCCGUGCCCGUCGCUUCUAA